UAUGGCGCCUGUGCCUCAUCUGCUGAUUUGCAACCCGCCGAAACGGGAUCGGUGAAGAAGGGGACCUUCGAUCGGUUCGCCAUGGACUGUUCUAGGAUCAGUGAGGUUUAAAACAUCUCUAACUGUAGAGCGAUAUACACUAUAUAGUUGAUCAUCAUUGCACCUGUGAGAGGAGAAGAAUGGAUCCAUCUACGGGUAUGCACAUGUCCCAGAACAAUGAUCUCCGUGUCACUGUCAGUAACCCCAUUAUAUCCAUGUAUCAGCCUCAGCCGCAACCUCCAAACAUCACGCAGAUCAUCACACAACACGUGGUACCUCAAGAAGUCUCCUGUCAUGCCAUGCAACACGCUAUUUCAUCACACCUCCAACCGGCAUCUCACAUGCAGACCCACUCGCACAUUCAGCAAGUGACACAUCUACAGCCUCAGCCACCUCAAGCCCAUGUGGAAACACACAUUUCAACACAAGGCCAUGUAGUGACACAUGCUUCAUCAGAAGGCCAGAGUGCCACACCUUCUCAGGACGGUGCAGUGAACUCCCUACAGGUCCCUUUUGCGGAAGUAGCCUCACUGCUGGACCCUAACAUGAAAAGCUCAAAGGCCCGCAAGUACCAGAUCCAUUAUGAGGAGGUUAAAAGGAGAUUGGAAGCACCUGAGAAGAUGUCCCUCCGAUCUCUGGCCGCCUAUACGAGAGUCAGCCGAGGUCCAGCUAGUAAGAAGACCCUACUGGAGUCCCUCAACGUCUUCGGUCUGUCGCCGAGCACCAACACUGCCGUGUCCAGUUCUUUUUCGAAACUUACUGAAGGUGACACGGCGGCCCUUUGCAAAGACAUGAAGGACUUUGCACUCCAGUAUGUGGAUUAUGAUAACAUGGCAAAACAGUUGCUUCCUGAAACAAACCAGGUGCAGCACUGGUCGAAAAUUAUUGAGACAAGGAACUAUCUAGAGGAGAUGCGGAAGAUUUUUAACGAUCCCAUGAACAGCCACCUGUUCUCUAACGUUACGCACGGUCUCGGUAACGGAAUGAUGGAAGUGGCUCUUGAUCUCAUCGACAACGUCAUCGACCGACAAAUUCGAAUCCUCUCAGGGAACACGGACCCCAAACCAGAACCUCCGGCGAGAAGGAUCAGGAAACGCAACCGUAAGCCCAAAGCUGCCACGGAAGAUGGCAAACCUAAAGACAAAGGUAAACGAGGACGAAAGAAAGGAAAACAAAUUUGUUUGGAUACCACCGUUGCAGAGGUUCCACAGCCCACGGAGAUGGAGAGCAGCGUCUUAACGCUAGUGUCUGUGGGAUACGAAACCAUUUCAAGCGGACUCAACUCCACCAAUGCUGGUCUUGCUUAAUGGCACGUGCCUGAGGGGCACAGCUAGAGAGACACUGUGAAUUCCGAGCUCAAAAACUUUUCAAAGAAAACUUUAGUUUUAUAAUGUCCGACUUCUUACUUUGUCUCAAAAGUGAAAGUUUUACUUUAUUUCUUACAGGGAUUGUUCACCCAAAAAUGAAAGUUCAUUAUUUUCUUAUCCUCGUGUUAUUCCUUACCUGUGUAAAAAAAAAAUUUGUGAUGAACACAAAAGAAGAUAUUUUGAUAAAUAAUGGUAAGCACACAGCUGCCGUAACCAUUGAUUAACAAAUAUUAUGGAAGUAUUGUGAUAAAUGAUGAAGAAGAUAUUUUGAUAAAUGAUGAUAAGCACACAGUUGAUGGUACCCAUUAAAUUCCAUCGUAUUUGUUUUUCCUACCAUGGAAGUCAAUGGUUACAAUCAGCUGUGUACUUACCAUCAUUUAUCAAAAUAUCUUCUUUUGUGUUCAUCAGAGAAAAGAAAAUUAAUACAGGUUUGGUACAAAACGAAGAUGAAAAUAUUAUGACAGAAUUAAAAUUUUUGGCUGAACUAUCACUUUAAGUUUGGUCAAUGCGAGAUGUUGUUCAACAUAAUUUUUCUUUUUCAUUUAAACUGUAAAAAUAAUUUGUUGCUCUUAAAGUUUUCGUUUGUUGUUCGCAGUACGAACAAACAUACACAGACUAUCGAAGUAGCAUGCAAGCUACUAUUUUUUUUGCGCACAAUGUUUUAUUCUGUUAAAACAAAUGGUAAUAACAGUUUCAUUUUAAGUUUUUAUUUUAUUGUACUUAAUUUUACAUUCUCAGAGCAGUUUAGUUUGAGUAAUAACAUAUCUUCUCGAUUGGAUGGUUUUUUUUUAGUUUUCAAAAUAUUUAUUUUCUUUCGCAUCUGUUGUGUAGUGUACGUAAAUGACUGUAGCCUGUACUCUGUAAGAUUUGCAGAUGGCUCAUCUAAAGCUUGUAUUAAAGCAUUUCCUUUUUGAA